AUGAUGAAGUUUCGGUUCCGGCGGCAGGGUGCCGACCCGCACCGCGACCGCAUCCGCCACGACCUCUUCGCCUUCAGCAAGACGGUGGAGCACGGCUUCCCCAGCCAGCCCAGCGCCCUGGCCUACGACCCCGUCCUGCGUGUGAUGGCCAUCGGCACCAAGGCGGGAGCCGUCAAGCUAUAUGGUGCACCAGGUGUGGAGCUGACAGGUCUGCACAAGGAGACAGCCACUGUCACCCAGCUGCACUUCCUUCCCGGCCAGGGCUGGCUCCUCUCGCUGCUGGAUGACAACACGCUGCACCUGUGGGAGGUGUGCCAGAAAGAGGGCUGCUCCCACCUGGAGGAGACCCGAAGCUUCGGCCUCCCGGGACGCCCAGGGUCCGGCAGCGCUAACUGCUCCCCUGGCAUCACACGGGUGACAGUGGUCCUGCCGAUGGCUGCUGUUUCCAUGGUCUGCCUGGGCACUGAGGGUGGUGCCGUGUACUUUGUCACCCUGCCCACCCUGACGCUGCUGGAGGACAAAACUCUCUUCCCAGAUGAGAUCCUGCAGAGUGUCCCCGAUGACUACCGCUGUGGGAAGGCGCUGGGGCCCGUGGAAUCCAUCCAGGAGCACCCACGCAACGGCAGCCAGCUCCUCAUCGGGUACAGCCGGGGGCUGGUGGUCCUGUGGGAGCAGAGCACUCGUGCUGUCCAGCAUCUCUUCCUGGGGAACCAGCAGCUGGAGAGCCUGGCCUGGGAGCAGAGUGGGAAGAGCAUCGUCAGCUCCCACAGCGACGGCGGCUACAUGGUGUGGGCAGUGAGCGGCGCCGGCCAGAGGACCCAGCAGCCGGCCAUGUCCACCAUCCCCUACGGGCCGUUCCCUUGCAAAGCCAUCAGCAAAAUCCUCUGGCGAACCUGCGAGUCAGGGAACCCCUUCAUCAUCUUCAGUGGGGGGAUGCCACGGGCCAGCUAUGGUGACAGGCACUGUGUCAGCGUGCUGCAGGGCCAGACCCUGGCCACGCUCGACUUCACCUCCCGUGUCAUUGACUUCUUCACCGUGCAGAGUGCAGAGGUGCCCGAGGGAGGCUUUGAGAAUCCCCGAGCCCUCGUGGUGCUGGUGGAGGAGGAGCUGGUGGCCAUCGACCUGCAGACACCGGGCUGGCCCACCAUCCCUGCCCCGUACCUGGCACCUCUCCACUCCUCUGCCAUCACCUGUUCCUGCCAUGUCUCCAACGUGCCCCUCAAGCUCUGGGAGAGGAUCGUCAGUGUGGGCGAGCAGCAGAGCCCUCGGCAAUCCUCUGCGGCUUGGCCCAUUGAUGGGGGAAAGAACCUGGCCCAGGAGCCCACGCAGAGGGGGCUUCUCCUCACCGGGCACGAGGACGGCACGGUGCGAUUCUGGGACGCCUCGGGGGUCUCCCUGAAGCCCCUCUACAAGCUGGGCACCGCCAACAUCUUCCAGACAGACUGUGAGCACAACGACAGCCUCAACCAGGCGGGCGAGGAGGAGUGGCCUCCGUUCCGCAAGGUGGGCUGCUUUGAUCCCUACAGCGAUGACCCACGCCUGGGCGUGCAGAAAAUUGCACUCUGCAAGUACACAGCCAAGAUGGUGGUGGCUGGCACGGCGGGGCAGGUGCUGGUGAUGGAGCUGAGUGAUGAGAAGUCGGAGCAUGCUGUCAGCGUGGCCACCGUGGACCUGCUGCAGGACCGUGAGGGCUUCACCUGGAAGGGCCAUGACCGGCUGGCCCCCCGGAAUGGGCCCCUCCACUUCCCUCCUGGCUUCCAGCCCAGCGUGCUGGUGCAGUGCGUGCCCCCCGCCGCCGUCACCGCCGUCACCCUCCACUCCGAGUGGAACCUCGUGGCCUUCGGCACCAGCCACGGCUUUGGACUCUUUGACUACUACCGGCGCAACCCCGUGCUGGCCAGGUGUACGCUGCACCCCAACGACUCGCUGGCCAUGGAGGGGCCCCUGUCCCGCGUGAAGUCCCUCAAGAAGUCCCUGCGUCAGUCCUUCCGCCGCAUCCGCAAGAGCCGCGUGUCGGGCAAGAAGAGGCUCAACGCCAGCAGCCCUUCCAGCAAGGUGCAGGAGGCCAAUGCACAGCUGGCGGAGCAGGCAGGGCCCCCCGAGGUGGAGAUGACGCCGGUGCAGCGGCGGAUUGAGCCUCGCUCGGCUGAUGAUUCACUUUCGGGGGUCGUGCGGUGCCUCUACUUUGCCGACACCUUCCUCCGUGAUGCCGCCCACCACGGCCCCACGAUGUGGGCAGGGACCAACUCCGGGUCGGUGUUCGCCUACGCCCUGGAGGUGCCGUCGCAGGAGAAGUUCUCGGAGCGGGCGGUGGAGGCGGUGCUGGGGAAGGAGAUCCAGCUGAUGCACCGGGCGCCGGUGGUGGCCAUUGCGGUGCUGGACGGGCGGGGGAACCCCCUGCCCGAGCCCUACGAGGUGUCUCGGGACCUGGCCAAGGCCCCUGACAUGCAGGGCAGCCACUCCAUGCUCAUCUCCUCUGAGGAACAGUUCAAGGUGUUCACGCUGCCCAAAGUGAGUGCCAAGACCAAGUUCAAGCUGACAGCACACGAGGGCUGCCGGGUGCGGAAGGUGGCCCUGGUGAGCCUGGCCAGUGCUGGCUCUGAGGAGCGGCUGGAAAACUGCCUGGCCUGUCUCACCAACCUGGGGGACAUCCACAUCUUCACCGUGCCCAGCCUGCGGCCCCAGGUCCACUACAGCUGCAUCCGUAAGGAAGACAUCAGUGGCAUUGCCUCCUGUGUCUUCACCAAGCAUGGCCAAGGUUUCUACCUAAUUUCACCAUCUGAGUUCGAGCGCUUCUCGCUGAGUGCCAGGAAUGUGACGGAGCCACUGUGCCGGCUGGAGGUCGCCCGGCUCCAGGACACCUGCCUCAGCAACAGCUCAACGGUGACACCGAAGCUGCCCCAGGCGAACGGCACCCACGUCCCACGCAGCUCCGAGGGCCAGCACUCCCCCUCGGACAGUGACCGGUCCCCUGUGGAGCACCCAGCUGCCUUCUCUCCCGGCCCCAUCGACUCCCCCAACAGCAGCAUGGAGAACCCGCUGGACACCACUGGGGAAAUCACCGUGGAGGAAGUGAAGGAUUUCCUGGCGUCCUCAGAGGAAGCAGAGCAGAACCUGAGGAACACCAGCGAGGACGAGGCUCGGCCCACGGGGAUCCUCAUCAAGUGAGGCAUCGCCAGCCUCCCUGACCCAUCUCAGUGCUCGGAUUCCCGGGAUGCGCGACUCGACUGGACCCCCGCGCCCCCUCCCCAUGUAACGUAGACUCGCCUCCUCUCUAACAUCCGCGCCGGCCGCGCCCCGGCUCCG